AUGAUGAGAAGAAGAUAUGGUUAUGCUGGCUAUCCUGGCUAUAACGGUUAUACUGGAGGCUAUGGCGGUUAUGCUGGUUAUGGCGGAUAUGGUGGUUAUGGCGCUUAUACUGGUGGCUAUAAUUCAUAUCCUUACAACUCUUACUAUCGUGGUGCUUAUCCUUAUGCUCGUCUUGGUUAUGGAGGUUAUGGCAGUUACGCCGGCUAUGGUAGUUAUCCAUCAAGCUAUUAUUCCAGCAAUUAUGGUAGUAGCAUUAUUGGUGGUGGUUUGGGAGCUUUGGGUACACCCGGUUAUGUUCCACCCGUUGCUGGAGCUGCCGGUUAUCAUAAUUAA